UCUCGCUAACCCAUGCACUUUCCUGCCUUCCUGAACGAUUCCUCUCCCUCCAAGCUCUCGCGUCCGUAUGAUUUAUUGUACUGCGAGGUUUUUGGAACUCGCAUUCUUUGAAAUGUCGUUGUUAUAGCCUGCCGACAAUGCCAAAUGCAUCAUACCACAGUUGAAGCAUAGCCUGCAAGGUUCGCGCCAUAACCCAGUCAGCGCCCGGCACGAUGAUGGAAGGACUACGACAGCGACAGCUUGAUCGACUGGCCCUCAGAGGUUCGCCGACGAAGGCAUUACGAGUUACGACGUCGACUGAAGAUGUGAAAAAUGUAACAAGCUUACCUGCUCAGCCGUUUGCGAGAUCGGAUGUGACGAUGCUGGAAAAGGGAGAUAUGGCCGAAGAGAGCAGCAGGAUAAAGCGAUACAACGAGGACGCGUUUGAGACGCAGAAUUCGCCUAUUCGCUCGAAUGGAUCAUUCGGAGAGGUGAAGAGGGAUGGCAGCGCUGAGAAUGCCAACGCUGUGAUCGGAGGGAAACAGUUUACGAUCUCCAAGGUUGGCAAUAAUGGGAGGAUAUACCUAAGGUACGCAGCUGUCUGGACCGUAACCUGCCUUUCCCCGAAUUCACACAACUGUUUCUGCUCGUCCAUUGCACGUUUUCUCCUGCUCGGCGAGUGCCAUUUCCUGCUUGUUGACAUACGCCACUGGGUCAGGGUCCAAGCUAACCAGUACCAGACCCCGGAUACGGCCUGCUCACCAGCGAUAUCCUCAACCUCCAUUUGCAUUUCCAAACCCUUCUCCAAAUACAGCUGGAUUAGAUGAAGCGCUUGCUAGGAAAGAAAGAAGAGGGUCGUAUAGAGACACGAUGUUGAGCGCCGAUUCAUCAAUGUCGACGCCCGCCAAUCCGGGGUUAUAUGACACCAAUUCGACACCAGCGAAGUCAUCCACAAGUCGUCACCGAAGAACACACUCCUACUCUACAGUAGACGAUCAACGAUCUGCGAUACAAGACUCUGAUUUAGGAGCAUUUAAGGUUGUUAUUGAGCGACCAAGCGCCGAUGGAAGAAGGCCAAAGACAUCCGGGGGCCACCACCGCACGCCCACUCUCGAGGUAACAAUCCCAUCAUAUAAACUUGGCACUCCACGUUUCAGUAAUAGAGGAACGCCAUUUAUGCGAGGAUCAUCAUAUGCUGGGACCGAAGUUGAGCAUCGGUCUAGCUUCAUAUCUCAACGAGAUGCUGAUAUGUUGGCACGGAUGCGAGGCUCUAACCUUCCGAGACGGUCUCAUUCAAUAAGGCAGUCGGUUGUGUCCCACCCUGGCGACGUAGAGUCGACCUAUGAGCUUCGACUGCCUCCCACUGGACUGCUACGCAACUCUCCAAACAUAAUGCCUAAAGGUCAAAUCGUUCCAGAGAUGUAUGAUGCCUUGACUUAUCCACCACGAUGUGAAGACCGUUUAGUCAUCAGACGAAUGUCUGAAACUGAUAUGAUCACUGCUGCGACUCCUGCGCGUCUUGUGGCCGAGGUGACGCAAGAGCUUUCCUAUGAGCUGGUUGCAAGCUUUUUUAUAACGUACCGAUCGUACAUCUCCGGGUCCGACCUUCUUUUACUGGUAAUGGCAAGGUUGGAGUGGGGCAUUGAUAGAGCCUUUGAUGGCCUUGUCGUCACUGUCAGAUGCUUCACAGUUAUUCGGCAUUGGAUGGUGAACUUUUUCGCCGACGAUUUCGUACUUGACUACGAUUUACGUGUUCAAUUCUGUGGCUUGGUGAAUACAAUGGUUAAGAAGCAAGCGUUGCUUAGAACCGACAGCAAGACGACAAACGAUAUCCUAUCAAAUAUUAAGAGGCUGUGGAGGGAUUCUUGUGCUGUGUACUGGGAUGGCCCUGAAUUUGCAUGCGACCUGGAUGCGCUGGUUCCCAUCGCUCCCGGUGGCAUUGCUGGGUCUAGAAAUCCACAACUUACUCCGAAAUUUUGGGACGACCUCCUACAGUCACAGACACCAGGCCAGGAUUUCGAAGAUCCCGCGUUGUCAAAAUCCCCUAUGGUUGAUCUUGAUCUACUACACGAUUUCCCGGCACCUCCUGCCAAUAGAUUUUUUGCGACUGUCCCUCCCGAAUUUCCUAUUGAGUUCAACGAAGCUCAACUUCAACAGGCGUCUCUACCAUGUGGCAACAGGACCCAGUUGCCGUAUCCUGAGCCACUCUCCCCACGCAGCAUUACCAGUGUGGAAGCUUUGUCAUGCUCUAUCCUGCCCCUAUCAAAGACCGGACAAUUUUCUGCUGGGGCGGCCAUGGGAGCUCACCCAGUAACAGCAGCAUCUCAAAGUGGCACUAUCCUCCCAGUUGCACACACACCAAAGGCGCUCAGGCCAAAGUCUUAUCGUCCAGGGCAAGGUUUCCAGCGCCAUCGUAGUGUUUCGAACUCUUCUCGGCCGGACAGGACGACCCUAGAAGCCGACACCGAAGAAGCUGCAAAUGGCGAGGCAGGCUUGACAUUGGUUGAUAGAUUUGCGGGUAGCCUUGUUAGAGGCCUUGUAUUCCCUCCUGGGCACGUUUAUCUACCGAUUGCUGAUCCUUCCGAGAAUCGACCUAUUUCUCUUCCAAAUAAAAAGGCAGCGGCCCAAAAGCAAGAUACCAACCAGCAAGGCCUCGGGAUGAAGAGAAUGUUUGGCACUGUCCGGCGCGCAGUCAGUACCAAGGCCGAUAAUAAGCCUGAACCAAUGCCAAGGUCACCGCUAACGCUUGGAUUCCCGGGUUUAUCACUACCAGUUGACGAUAUUGAACUGGCCAGUCUCGGCCUAGGUGGAAUGGGCACCGAGCGAGCACCUUUACAAACCCCACCGAAGCCAGUUACUAUGAGGCCUGAUAUACUUAGCAAGUUUGUUGAAUCGGAUUUUGAAAUGGUUAUCGAGCAACAUAAAAUCAUUGCAGCAAAAGCGGACGAAAGCCCAGAGCCUUGGGUACGGAGGAUUAAUGUUACCGCCGGGAGUGACUUUUUAAGACGAUCCUUGGACAAGGCAACCCUUACCGCAUGUUCAACUUCUUUAUUAGGGCUUUUUCCUGGCCAUCAUGACUCGCCGCAGCCUCGAGAGAAUACCAGCUUUCUCCUUCCUGGUAAUGAAGAUGCCGAGCAGGCCCAAAACAAUACGAGUUUUCUCUUGGAUGAGGGUAACGACGGUUAUGUGGAUCGCGAUAUCGCCAUGAUGUCCGGAGCUCUCCCUAGUCAUCCGUCUACAGACGCAUUCACAGACUCCUUCAACAAUCGAUCGGUUGCCCCAACUCCGCCUGUCACGCCACCUGAGAUAUUUUUGGGGUUUCCCAGACGCUCGUCGCAAAUCCUGGGAAAUUAUGGUCGCCCCUCGCCCACUGCACAAGUACCAUCACUGACCCUCCACAUGCUCAGCCCUUCGAGUGAUUUGGAUACACGUCCAUUCUUCAGACCAUUGAAUAAUCCGUCAAUGCACUCUCGUGCCAAACGUCAUAAGCAUCGCAGAUCAACAUUAUUAAGACAGAUAGCCUCCUUCCACAGUGGCUAUACGAUUCAGAUGACUGAACGAAGUUUCGAUGCUACCUCAAUUUCCGACUCUGUAGAUCGAGCCUCGGUUGGAUCAACACAUGCACCUGGCAAUCGCGUCCUCCGGCGACGACCCGGGGGUGACCUCCGCGCCAUUCAAAACAUUGGCGAGCUGCCACUUAGUCAUCGUUCAUCAGGAUCUCUUACCACUUAUUCGGAUUCCUUACGAAGCUCAUACCUUUUGGGCGGCGGUUCUACAAGCUACGCUAACGUUACGAGCGAUAAUGGUAGGGCCCAAAGCAACUCCUGGACAUUCUCCGUCGGAGCUCUGGCGGACCCUGAGGGCACAUCAAAGCCCAGAGUUUCUCUGCUAAGCACCUCAUCCAAGCCAGCCCUGCGGCCAUCAUUUCAAGCUGAAGCUGCGAAAUUAGCCCAAAUUCCUGAUGAUACCGACGAUGAUGGCGGAGUAGAAGCUGCCCUACUUAAACUUGAGGGAAAGUAUGAGAAGAGGAAGUCCGAUAUCUCGUCCCAAAGCUUGUCUCCAGGAUUUAUUGCACCACAACGGCAAGAAACUUAUGACAAUGCCGAUCAAACCACUGGGGAGUUAAUUAUCGAAGCAGAGAAACAUCAGCACAGGCACAAUCAUGUUGUUGAGAAUGCAAUAUUUGACAGCGGUGAAGAGUCUGAGGUCGAUCAGCCCGAACAACGAAGCUGCUUUAAUUCACAAUAUGAGCUCCAACCCACUGUUUAUCGACCUCCUGUACGAGAGCUGCAUGAUAUUUCUCGGGAGUCACAAAAUUCAAUACCUCUUUUGCAGCGCGACGGAUCUCGAUAUGGUUCCGAUGACGAAGAAAGCCGCAACUGGAAGAAUACAUCUGUACUCCUCGGUCCCAGCCACGAUAGAGAGACGAUUGGCCAGCGUGGCGCUGAAAAGUCCGAGACGCCAGUUGACUUCGUUGAUAAGACGGAGAGUUCAAAUCAGAUACCUGCUGGAGACACCCUCCCACGUCAAAUGAGUGUAAACGAAUCGUUUCUUCGAAUUGGCGAUGAUAACGAUGUACACAAUUACGAUGAUUACGAUGAUAAUCACAGCGACCUGUCGUCUGAAAUAUCAUUGGAAGAAGUCCCAACUAACGACUUCCUUGGGAAUCCUUCCACCAACAAACACCCGUCUAUUCACUCUGGCGCAAUCAUUACCGAAGUGGAAAUUCCUCCGAUUUCUAAACAGUCGAAAGAGCCCUCGAUGACGAUGGAGCAAGCAUUAUUGAUGUCUCCCACUGGAGGUCAAUACCAAGGCCUAUUCCCUCCAAGUCCAGAUAUUACACCAACAUAUGGGGAUGGCCGGAAAGAUAUCGCCAUGGGAUCAUGGUACAGCGACGAUCAUUUGGAGACACAAGCUAUAUCUACCGGACCACUGUACAGCGAAGAGCACAUGCCAUUUAUACUCCAUUUUGACUCGAAGAUUGUGGCUGAGCAAUUUACCCUCAUUGAGAAAGAAGCAUUGGGCGAAAUACAUUUUAGAGAGCUCCUCGAGAUGAAGUGGUCUCACGAAGCAGCAUCAGCAUGUCAGUCAUGGCCGAGAUUUCUCCAAAUUCUCCAACAGAUGGAGGAAGAUGAUACAGUCAGCCAUGGCAUUGAAAUAUGCGGAGCACGUAGCAGUAUCAUGACGCAGUGGGCCAUCUCUCAAAUUAUCCUUACCCAGGAUAUCAACGAACGGGCCAGGACAAUUGCAAAGCUCAUUGAGAUCGCUGAGCACUGUCGCCAACUGGGCAACUACGCUACGCUAUUCCAGCUCACUGUCGCUGUCAGCAACCCAGUGAUAGCGGAACUUCACGAGACUUGGAAACAUGUACCUGCACCUGAGGUUCAAUCCCUCCGUGAGUUCGAAGCGUUGAUCCAGCCAGCAAAUAACUUCCACCGCCUGCGUGAUGAGAUGGAGUCGGUCCUCGGCAAGCGCGCCUGCCUUCCGUUAGUUGUAAUCUACGCGAAGGACUUAACUGUACUGAAGGAUAUGCCGAGCUAUAUUGCUAGCACUCCAACCGACCCGCCCCUCAUCAACGUCAGCAAGUGCCGCGCCCAGGCAACGGUUGUACAGCUAUUCAGCAGGUACCUAGAAAGCAGCACUGGGUACAAGUUUCAGACUGUGCCGGGGCUGACAGAUAGGUGUCUGUGGAUUGCGGGGUUGAGCCCAACGGAGAUCAGAAGCCGUGCAGAGAGGUUGGUUUGAACGGUUGUGUGAGCGGACAUUUUGGAAUUGUUUGUGGAUUGCAUUUUAAGCCUACGUGUAAAUGAAAUUGUUUGGGUUUCUGGGAUUCUGUUGACAACUUGGGGGAGGAAGGUGCAUAGGGGUCGUUAAUCAAAAGGACUAAGUACGGUGCAUCAUUGUCAUAAUAUACCCUAGCGAAUGCGUUUAAUCAAGCUCAUUAUCUUU